CCACGCGGGGGUUACGUGUGUAAACACGGAAGUGUCUGUAACGAUACCGGAACCGCGUCGGCGCUUUGUCAAACUCGUGCCGCGGUGUCACUGUAUCACCGACUGAAGCCAUGAGCCGCUUAACAGCGCUGGUCAUUGUGGUCCUUUGCUUGUAUCAAGUUUGCACCAGUCAAUCGUUAAAUAACAGUCAAGGUGAAACUCCUAACCAACAAGAGACGGAUGUAGUUACAGCUGUUUUGCAGACCACAUCAGCAAAUAGUCCAAAAAGUAAUAAUAAUGAUCCUGUGACCACAGUGGGUAAAAACCCAAAUGAAAAACCUGACAGCAGUGGAGAGGUUAUUAAGGAAACCACGCCUCAAAUUCUUGAAGAAAAACUUGAAAGCGAAAAUAAUGCUGCAAAAGAUGAAAAGAAUAAAACCCUACCUGACCCCAAUAAAGCAGCUGAUGAAAAAGAGAAGACGACCACAGAGAAACAAAACGAACUAUCAGACCCUGCUGGAGAUGGUGGAGAAAACCCAAAAGAUGAUGAAACGGGUCAAAAGCCAGCCACAUCUGACCAAAAUGAGGUUGAAGACAAUAGUAAACCUGAACCUUCUGAAGAAGAUGAAAAUGAAAUGGAUGACAAGAGUGUAGAGAAGAUGACCACAACUGAGAACCCUACAGACGAUGAAGACGAACAAAAUGCUGAUUCAGCCACUGAGCUUGAGGAUGAAGAGGCUGAUGGUGAAGUUUUUGAGUAUAUUGCUGGUGAACCUUCAAAUGAACAGGAUACGUUUAACAGCAAAACAGAAACGAAGAAUGAUAUCAGGCAAAAUUUUCAAUCAGAGAAGGCAGAGAACAGCCACUUCUUUGCCUAUCUGGUCUGUGCCGUUAUACUGGUGGCUGUGCUGUAUAUCGCAAGUCACAACAAGCGCAAGAUUAUUGCCUUCGUCGUUGAGGGCCGGAGAUCAAGAGGCACACGGAGACCCAAGACAUCAGAUUACCACAAACUCGAGCAGAAUUGAGAAAAUCCAGUCAGACGAGUCAGCGGUGGUGGAAUCGAAAUAUGCGACUUGAUUUUAAAACUUGAAUUAUCCAUAAUGUUGCAUAUAUCACCACUCAUAAACAUUGCACAGCAACUGUCAAAUUCUCAUCCAUCCAUAGCAUGUCAGAUAUGUUUGAAGAUGAUGUCUGUUGUAACUCUAAAAUUUCUGGGAUGAUUUUCUGUAAUGACUACAAACACAGUUGAAAUUCUCUGUGCAGGUACAUAUUGUAGAUGUUGGUUCUGUAGCAUCUCGUUCUAUUUAAUUUCUGAGCCUUUUUGGUAGAGUUACGUGUGUUUUCUUUUUUUUUUUUUUUUUUGUCUUUUCUCAAUUUAUUGCCGGGCGAAAUGUGUAAUACAGAAGGAAACAAUAUGUGUAUUUUUGGAAGUAUCUGUUGGCUGCUUGAAUGAUGUUUUCUGGGAGAUUGGGAGUGAUUGAGUUUUGAAUUGUUCCGAGGGCUGCUGAAACUUGAAGCUGAUGGCACACAUUUAUGGGACACGUGAAUUAUUUCUACAGGUGUGGACUAGAAAGAAAGAAGCAAGCUUUUGUUAGUACGUUAAAGAUGUUCUAAACACCGUGAAUGCAUCUUAUCUGCUAAAUUAGCCUUGAAGGGCUCAACACAAAGGAUUUUACUUGCUAGCCCAGUCAGACCAGUAGUUCAGAUUCAUACUUGCCCUUUUCGUUGCUCCAAAUGUGUCAGAAAGAAAUGUAUUUAUAGUUUUUGUUAAAUGUAAUUUUACUUCACCAAAAAUGACUUUAAUUUAUUUGGAUUUUAAGCAAUAAGAGCUUUAUAUAAGGUAACACCAUGGCCCCAAAAUGAUCCUUAUCAGUCAGCCCUGCUGUUUUAAUGUUUCUGAUCAUUGAUAUAUAUAUAUAAUAAAUAUU